UGGUAGCUAUGUUUAGUUUUACUUGCUGAAUGUACAUAGAGGAAAGUAACGAUGAUACACUAACCUUGUACGGAUUUUGUCUUAGAAAUACACAACAAGGACAAGAAGCGGUCAUUACAGAUACUAUUACAAGGCACACGGGCAGCCGAUCAGACAAAGGAACAAUACGAUUUUCAAGAUGAAUCGGUUAGUCGAAACAGGGAAGAACUUCAUGGGCUACACUUCACUGCAUGGACUUUCACGGAUAGCAGACGCAAAGUUCUGGUUAAAGAAGUUGGUAUGGUGCUUGCUAUUUCUGGGGUCCCUUGGCAUGUGCGUCUUUCAAGUGACUCGUCUUUUUGAACAGUUCUACAAGUACCAGGUGAACACAAAGAUUGAAUUCCAGUACGAUACUCUGACGUUCCCCGGUGUGGCGAUCUGUAAUGUGAACCCAAUACAAUACCAACACACAGUUAAAAUACCGCGGCUGUUCAGGAUAAUACGGGCACUUUCUAUCAAUACUGGAAUUGCCCUGGAGGAAUUCUCACUAGGAGAGGUAUAUGUCAAUGAAUCGCUGUACGUGAAUAAUACAUAUGUGAACAAUGACAAUUCGUGGGAUCAUGCCAUUCAAUCAUUUCGAACUGAAAUGGCCGGUAUGCCAGAUGACUUGCUCGAAGGUGCGUCACAGACUUCAGAUCAGUUCAUAAAUGAGUGUAGAAUGAACAGAAAAGCAUGUAACAGCAGUAUUAUCAAACCGUUCCGUGAUCCCUACUAUGGACUAUGCUUCAAAUUGGAAUCAGAACAUCUUGUUUUCGGUCCGGGAGAAAUCUAUGGCCUGGAAGUCCUUCUGAACGUGGACCAGUACAACUACCUGCCUUUUAUUGCACAGUCGGAAGGGAUCAGUCUCCAAAUCUACAAUAACAAGUACUCUCCGACUGUAGCCACCACAGGAAUAUCUCUUCCUGUCGGCUUUGAAGUUGAUAUCGGAAUCACAAAAAAAAUCAGUCACAGAUUGCCCGGCCCUUACGAAAUAUGCGAUGUUAAAAAUAUUUUUGACAGUAUGCAGGCUUGUCUUCUGCCAUGUAUUAAUUUCAAAAUUAUAGAACUUUGUGAUUGCGCUAGGGAUUACAUAGAGGAGGAAGAGGAAAAUGAUAUACAUUAUUGUAUUUCUGAUGCUGAUGUGAAAUGUUUGCUUGAUACCCUGGCAAACCUUGAAACGGACCUUGCCUGUCCUGAUUGCAAACCCCCUUGCAGUCAAACCACGUAUGAAAAAUCGGUUUCUAUGAAAAAAUGGCCAUCUAAGAAUUUCGAACCUUACGUCAAGAAGUUUGAAAAUCAUUCGCUAAAAAGCAACGACUUGAUAAAGUUGCGGGUGUACUAUACAAGUCUUCUUACGGAAUCAAAAACAGAGGAAAUGGCCUACACUAGUGAGAACUUUGUCAGUGACAUUGGAGGGCAACUUGGCUUGUGGAUCGGUAUGUCAGUUGUUGAGCUAGUAUUUCUCCUUAUCUACGCAUGCGUAAGAAAAACAAAGACGGAGGACGACCAGAUUUUCACAGCAAAUCAAAAGAAAGAACAAAAUGAUACUAUUACAGUAAUAGAAAUAGAGUAGGUCAAGUACAUCAGGAUGGAGGUCUACAAACGGUGUCACUUGCUGUUGGUGAUAUUCUUGAAAACUUGUUAAAGUGAUACAAAUACAAUAUCAAACCUGAAACGAAUGUUUCUGUGUGUAUCAACAUUAACUGUGAAAGCACGGUGUUAACAGCAUUAUCAUAUCAACAAUCUUAUGGACUAUGUUGCUACAGUACUUUGAUAACAACAUCGACAUUAUCAGUGACAUGCAAAACAGAACAGGAGUAUUUAUCAAUCAUUUCCCAAGAAUUAUAACGUGAUUAUCUUAAUCGCACGCGAUUAAUCCCUGCUUUGGUUUCAGUCAGAUUCAUAAGUGUCAAUUCGGUUUCACACCUGAGCAUAAACACCAUCAAAAGACAAGUUACCACCUAACUUAAUAUACAUCUAGACAAAAUAAUAAAAAUAAUGCGGUCAUAUA